AUGAGAUCCAGGAUCCCCGUGCUGGCUGGAGCCUUACCAAAACCCACCAUCAAAGCUGAGCCAGACACUCUGGUCUAUAGGGGGACGCAAGUGUCCAUCUCAUGUAAGGGGAUUUCAGAUGCAUGGAAGUACCUUCUUUAUAUUCAGAAAUUUGAACGUUCCCAGCCCAAGCACACACAAACCUCAACAAACCGUGGGAGAAAGGCUGUGUUCCACAUAGGCUCCGUUGGAAAGCAUGAUGGAGGCCAAUAUUUCUGUCUCUAUGAGACCACUGCUGGCUGGUCAGUGCGCAGUGACAAACUGGAGCUGAUAGUGACAGGAUUCUUUGACAAUAAACCCAGCCUAUCAGCCUUGCCCAGACCUAUGGUGACCUCAGGAGAAAGAGUGACCCUCAAGUGUUUCUCACAAGAAGAAUAUGACAGAUUCAUUGUGACCAAGGAAGGAGAACAGAAGUACUUCAUGAUCAUGCAACCACAGAAGACAUAUUUUGGGCAGUUUCAGACCCUGUUUUCUGUGGGUACCGUGACUCCAAACAUUAGCGGAACAUUCAAAUGUUAUGGGUACUACAAGGCAAACCCACAAGUUUGGGAAGGAACGGUCCUUCCACCCCUGUACCCAAGUUCAAAGUUUCAAGUUCACCAUUUCCAGUCAGAAUUCUCCAUGGGUGAUAUGACCUCAGCCCACAGAGGAACAUUCAAAUGUUAUGGAUACUACAAGAAUUUCCCACAUUUAUUGUCACUACCCAGUGACUGUCUGGAAAUAUACAUCUCAAGUGGAUCCAAGGAGCCCAAAGAUGUAACCUAUGCCCAGUUGUGCAGCAGGACACUCAGACAGGGGGCAGCCGCAUCUCCUCUCUCCCAGGCAGGGGAAGCCCCAGAGGAGCCCAGUGUCUAUGCUGCUCUGGCAGCUGCUCAUCCAGAGGUUGUUCCCAAGGAGAAGGAGCAUUGUCCCUCUGCCUGA